GUGUUUGACUUCCCUCCCGCGGAUCUCACCCUCCCACUCCUCGCACUUUACUUCCAUCAUACAAACACUAUUUUCCCCCUCCUCCACGCCCCGACUUUUUACGCCCAGUUUCGGGAUGGGUUACACCUACGAGACGCACAGUUCGCUGGUGUUGUUUGGAUGUUAUUGGCUAUUGCCUCGCGAUGGAGUGACGAUCGUCGUGUGUUAUGGGAUGGAUGGGUACACGGAAAUCGUUUACAUUCCUUACCCCUAUCUCUUAUCGAAAAAUUGCUUCUAGACGGCCCCUCGUUUACGGUGAGUUCACUCGACCCACCUUCCUUGUUUGACUUGCAGUUCUGCUCGCUCGGUGCUAUGUUUCUGCGGGGGUCGUCCAUUGGGCCAGCAGGUUGGGUGAUUAUCGGGACCGGACUUAGAAAAGCGAUGGACGUUGGUGCACAUCGGAAGAAGGUUUAUAGUCCUAAGCCGAGCGUUGAGAACGAAUUGUGGAAGAGAGCUUUCUGGAUGCUGGUAUUAUUCGAUCGAAUAGGAGCCGCGAGUUUGGGCCGGCCAUGUUGCGUUCGAGAAGAAGACUUUGACCUAGACCUUCCGCUGGAAGUGGACGAUGAGUACUGGAUACCCAACGAUCCCUCCCAACCGGCUUUUAAGCAACCGCCUGGAAAGCCGUCAAUGGUUUCAGGCUUCGUGUCAAUGCUCAAGCUUACUCAGAUCAUGGCACAUGCACUGCGAACAAUAUACUGCAUUGACAAGUCGAAGGUGCUUCUGGGACUCGUUAGCGACGACUGGCAAGAGCAGAUCGUUAGCCAACUGAAUACUGUUCUAGAUGAGUGGGUUGAAUCAGUACCUGAACAUUUGCGCUUGUCCAAUGGCAUAGAAAAUGACGUCUUUUCCAAUCAAUCCGCAACUCUAUACACGUCCUACUACCUCGCACUCAUUCUCAUCUAUCGACCAUUCAGCCAUGCAUCUGCGCUCCUUCCGGAACCACAACAAGAUGCCCCUGCUCGACCGAACAAGACGUUCCCCUUCCCCGCGGACUCAAUCUGUACCAGCGCAGCACAUUCUGCAGUCCGUAUAAUUGAUGCACAAAUGCGUCGAGGAUUGUCAAAUAUCCCGAACAUGGUCAGCGUCGCACAUAUAGCUGCUGUAACACAAUUGAUGAGCAUGCAUGCUGCUCAAGUCACCGCAUCUGGCUCGCGAGACGUGGAUCCAUCCGCAAGGUUAAGAGAACGUGAAAAGUAUUUGCAGGACGUAGAGAAAUGCAUUCGUUGUCUCGAAAUGGCAGAGUCUCGCUGGAUCAUGGCCCGAAGAUUCUUGUAA